UUUGCGAGAGGAAUGGUGUUGUGAUGUGCAUCGCGGUGAAGCGCGCAUCCUGAAGGACGACAAGUGCGCGGCUAAUCGUCGCAUGUGUGUGUGUGUAUACAUAUAUACAUACAUACAUACAUAAAUCCGGAGAUUUCGUCAACCGACCCUCUUCAUCCCGUUGCUCCCGCGGGAUCGAGAGCGGCGCGUCUGUUGUGUUCUCCAAAAAUCCGUCCAAGUCGCGGUCCAGCUCUCCUCUUUAAAAACGCAGCACGCUUCGCAGCUUUUCCUACCGGUCGGUAAUCGCGACCACGUAGUCAUCGCGGCAAGUGUGAGGUGAAGCUAACGGCAAACCGAGACGGACGGGAGAGACAAGCCGAGGACACUUGACGACACCAGCGAUAAAAUACCAAGAUGCCGUGCUCCGCGGUGACGCUGUCCCUUGCCACCAUAACCGGUAUUAUCGCCACUGCCCUCUUGGCGAUCGCCUUUUCCACAGACAACUGGCUCUAUACCGAGGUCAAGCGUGCCCAGAUCCAGCAAUACGCGAGCAAGCAUGGCGAGCAAAGCCAUUUGGUGGAGCAGAUGAACAUGAAAUAUUAUUAUUACACGAGGACUCAGGGCUUGUUCAGGAUAUGUUAUCCGAAAGAGAGACCGCCAACAGUCGAGACUUAUUUGAGUCCCGUGGAGACGCACUGCAUGAAUAUCGAUUAUUUCAUUCCCGAUGAAGAAAAUCAGACGAGAGGCUUUUCUGAUGACGCGAUGGCACGAUUACACAUGGGUAGAUCCGUGAUAGCUUUAUUCAUGGUUGGCUUUCUCGCGAUUUUUUCGGCGUUCUGGACAGGAGUGGUGGGCUGCUGGAGAAGAUCACCAGGGAACAUUACGGCCACGGCGAUUCUGAUGUUAUUCGCAUGCUUACUGAGCGCUGGUGGUAUGGGCUUGUGGCACGGCGUCGAAUAUUAUGAAAAAGAGAAAAUCGUCGGAGAGGAAUAUUACCAACAAUGGAGCAACGUUUUAAGGGACAACACGGCGCAGUGGUACGACUGGUCGUUUUAUCUGGCCUGGCUGGGGGUGGCUACGUGUCUGGGCACGAUGACGCUAUUCCUGAUCGCGGCAUCCUGCCUGAGAAGGGAGCGUGCCCGCGAGCAGGCCCAGAACGUUCAGUACAUCAUGCCAGUUUACCCGCAGAAGCAGCAGUACGCAUAUGCCGGAUAUCCGGCGCCAGCGGCGUAUCCGGGGCCGUAUUACCACGGCUCUCAGUACGGGCCCUACAACUACUGAAGGAACUCGGCCGGUCGGCAUCGAAGGAAAGAAAAUAUCCCGAGCAUACCUAUGCUCGCCACUAGCAUCGAAAAUUCGCCAUCGCGUCACUUGACAGGACGAGGGGAUCAAAAAUAUUCGACACAAAAUCUGACAGAGAUCAAGAUCGAUUCGUGAUCGGGCAUCACGACGCGAAGAAUCUAUCGAUUCGAAGUGAUCGCGGACUCCCCCCCCCCCCUCCGAUCACGAGCGUAAUUUAUCUGUAAUUUAAAAUUCACGACUUCGAAUUUUGUUCGAGAUGCGAACACCAUACGAUUACCAAAAGCAAACUCUUUUCUUCCCGCGAUAGACCGAUCGUUUGAUUCCAUCCGACCGGAAGCAAGAUCCAAAGAAUGCGAAGAUCUAAAAAAACAUCGAACAAUGAGAGACGUCGAAAGAAAGUCUGAAAGAUUAUAGAACAUUUUUCAGGCGUUCUGACCACGUUUUUUUUUUAGACAUUCGCAUUGUCUGGGAAGCUCGACUUGCGCAAAACGGUUGCUCAAAAUCUGCGUACUUAUACUUAGGAGCGAGAUAUCAUUUUGUAUUUUUCUAGUUCAAUAAGUAAGACCGUUCUCACGCACCUUCGCCACGCGUGCUGAUUACAAUGACGCGUACUUGCGCUCAUUAGAGAUACGCGUUUGUCACACGUUGUUCGUCGAACUUCAAUGAUUGAUUUCACCGAGCUUUCUCGAAUCCUCAUUAACGAACAUUAGAUCGCUGAUAUACCAUUCACCACGAUAAUGAUUCCGCAAAAACGGAGGGACCAAUAAAGAAUGCAUUCGUGCAUUCAACGGACACAAUUAUUCUUGAGGAAUCUCGGUAAAAACAGGCGCGAAUCUCAUAAUUCGAUCAUAAUCGAUCGACCACGUCGAUCAAAUUCAGAUCUGCGAAGCUUGGCUCGCCGCGCUCACAUUUAACUCUCUCGAAGAGAAGACGGAUUAUCGAGUUACGCGAGCGAAGUGAAAAGCGGCGCGAAUACUAAGUAGUACUAAAUAUUAAAUAAAUAUCUCGGCAAGACAGAAGCGAGAGAAACGAAAUUAUUUAUUUACGAGAGUUUGCUUAUUAACUGGUCGCAAUGGAACGCUAGAUGUCCAAACUGAAGGUAUUGAAAUAUACAGUUGAAAUAGCUGAUUUGGAUAAAAAUUGAAUAAUUUUAAUUUCCACCAAAUCGCCCUAUGUUAACUGUAUCCCCAAAGGAAUCUACUGUUCCAUCCAUUAAAAUGCAACUCGAGAAGAUUACUUCACGCAAUAUGAUGUAAACGUUUAUAUAAUAUAUGGUGCUGCUAAGAUCGCGUUACGCGAAAACGAUUCGCGAAGUUUAUCUAGUACGUAGCUCUCUUGAUAAUGUCAAUUUGUAAGGUUCAUUACAUCGAUAUCUCUAUAUACAAGAUAUUUAAGAAAUAAAAAAAUACUUCAUUUACUUUAUAUAUAUUUUAUAGCAACUUAAAUCACAUUCUCUUUCUUUUUCUCUCUCGUGAUUUAUUUUCAUAUAUGAAACAAAUCAUUCAAUCUUGAUUUCUCUUCUAUUCCAUUCUGGAUUCUUUCGUCAUAAUUUAUCUCUGAUCAGCUACUUGCAAGCGAAAACGUGUCAAUGCUCCGUAAAUUACAUCGCUAAUUAUUAUUGUGAAAAUAUAAAGAAUUAAAUAUAUUGUUAAUUAUAAUCGCGUGAUAAAGCUAACAAUAAGUAAGAUUUAGGCAUAAACACAAGUUUAGGAAGAUUGUGGGAAUAAAGAGUUGUGUAGAAUAAAAACAACGAAAAUUUAUAAAAUCUUUGAUAUUAAAUAAUAGAACAAAUAUGUAUCAAAUAUA